AUGGAAGCCGCAGCAAAAAUGUUGCUCUUUUCUCCAAAACCCACUUCAAUAAAACCCACAAUUUCAAGUCUCAAACCCAGAUUAACAACCACACGGCGGCUCAAGGUCAUAGCCAUGGCAAAGGAAACCAGCGAAGAAACUGAGGGAGGUGGUGGAGUAGCGGAGACAGCGGCUAUCAUCGGUGGCUUAGUGUCGACACCAGUCAUUGGGUGGUCUCUGUACACUCUGAAGACCACAGGGUGUGGCUUGCCACCUGGUCCCGGCGGCUCAAUCGGCGCGGUGGAAGGAGUGAGCUACUUAGCCGUGGUGGGAAUUGUGGGUUGGUCUUUGUAUACCAAAGCGAAAACUGGGUCUGGUUUACCCAAUGGCCCUUUUGGGUUAUUGGGGGCUGUAGAAGGUUUGUCUUACUUGUCGUUGGUUGGGAUUUUGGUGGUUUUUGGGCUUCAGUUCUUGGAACAAGGCUCCAUUCCUGGACCACUUCCUACUGAUCAGUGCUUUGGCUGAGUGUGUGUGUCGUUUUUUGGCCACUACAUUUCUUAUCUUUUUCUCUGUGGCCACCAUUUAAUCUAAUCUCUGUGUGUACCUACCUACAUAAGUUGAUAUGAUAUUUUGCUCUUAAAUAUGAUCAAAA